UUAUUAUUAUUAUUAUUAUUAUUAUUACUAUUAUUAUUACUAUUAUUUCAGUUACUCGCAAAGAGUAUUAUAAAACCAGGCUUCGAGAAAAUCUAUGCCGAAGGACAUAAACCACUAUCGAAGAGGGCAGAGUGGCGACUCAGGAAGGCCGAGCGUGAGAGUACCAAAGGUGCCGAAUGGUAUGGUAUGCCGGCGACAGAGUUGACAGAAGAGCGCCAAAGGGAUUUGCAAAUUCUGCAGAUGCGAGACGCUCUGGACACGAAAACGCAUUAUAAACGAAACGAUCGGAGCGUUUUGCCAAAAUACUUUGAGGUCGGUACCAUAAUCGAAAACAAGGCUGACUUC